AUGUCAGCAGGCUCCAGUGCAGAACAAUCACUCGAGAAGCGUUAUACGUCCUCAGCUGCUGGCUCUCUGACCAAGGGUGGGUGCUACUACAAAGUCCCCAAUGUCGGCCUUUUCACCACCAAAUUCAACUAUGCUUGGGAUAACUAUUUCACCCUUCUGUCUACGGGAAUCGGAAUCGUCGAAGAUCUCGUAUCUUCCAUCUACACAGUCGAAGCUGGCAACUCCCCUCUUUCUCGCCGCUUCGACCUGGUCAACAUUGGUAUCUCACUUCUUGACCCUUCGAUGACUUUGACCGUUCCCGGUGGUCAAAAACAGGGUCCCAUCUCUUCUGCCCAGUUCACCACGGCUUACGAUGAUAUCCUCUACGGCUCUGUUCGUACCGUCGCCAAGAUAUCGAGUGUUCCUGGUACCACGCACGGAUUCAGCUUCUAUUCAAACGACAGCCAGGAGAUUGACUUUGCAUUCCUGACCUCCAGCCCUGGUUUCGCUCACUUGACCAACGAGCAGGUCUCCCCAACCAGUCCUCCCUCAUCUUACCAGGUUUCGGCACCCAAUGAUGCAACUACUGCUUACCAUGAGUAUCGUGUCGAUUGGAUUCCAGAAAAGGCCCAAUUCUUCAUUGAUGGAAAGCUGGUUCAGACUAUCACUGAUAAUGUACCUACAACUCCAGGAUUUUGGCUGUGGAACAACUGGAGCAAUGGCAAUGCCUGGGCUCAAGGUCCACCCGCCAAGGACAGCGUGCUCAAGAUCCGCAGCAUUGACGGCUAUUUCAACCGUACUAGUGUGCUUGACCUCUAUGCUGCCACGCCUCUUGGCUGCAACAUCUGA